ACCCUAGAAAAGGGGGGUUUGCCAUUCAAUCACAAAUUCAGCACACCGCCGACGCCAAUUGAAUCGGAGAAAUUCUACCAUUGACAGUUCAACUGGGAACUAACCAACAAUGUCGACGGUGUACGUGUUGGAACCGCCGACGAAAGGGAAGGUGAUAUUGACGACGUCGAAGGGGCCCCUUGACAUCGAGCUGUGGCCAAAGGAGGCGCCGAAGGCCGUCCGCAACUUCGUGCAGCUGUGCCUCGAUGGAUACUACGACAACACUAUUUUUCACCGCGUGAUCAAGUCGUUUCUUAUUCAAGGAGGUGAUCCCACCGGAACUGGAGAAGGUGGUGAGAGUAUUUAUGGUGGUGGGUUUUCAGAUGAGUUUCAUUCUCGUCUACGAUUUAAGCACAGGGGUUUGGUUGCAUGUGCAAAUAAGCCUGACACACCCAAUUCAAAUGGCAGCCAGUUCUUUAUAACAUUGGAUCGUUGUGACUGGCUUGACAAGAAGCAUACAAUUUUCGGAAAGAUAACUGGAGAUUCAAUAUAUAACCUGUUAACCUUAAGUGAAGUAGAGUGUGAUAAAAAUGAUAGGCCGCUGGACCCUCUUCCUAAGAUUCUUUCUGCUGAGGUGCUAUGGAAUCCAUUUGAUGACAUGGUCCCAAGGGUAAUCUCUACAAAGUCUUCACUACUAUCUGAAAAGAAAGAGCCAAAGCAGAAGGCUAUCAAAAAACUGAGCUUGCUUUCAUUUGGGGACGAAGCUGAAGAAGAGGAGAAGGAACUUUUAGCUGCCAAUCCUAGAAUAAAAAGUAGUCAUGAUGUUUUGAAUGAUCCCCGGCUCCUAAAAGAUGGCCUUGAAAAAGAUUUGAACUCAGCUGAAGAGCAGAAAUCAAGGGAAUCACAGUUAAUGGUGAGGGAAGCUCUUGCAAAGAAACAGCAUAAAGAAGAUUUAGGUGCUGGAACUUCUGACUCUCCUGAUCAUAGCGAUGAAGAUGAGCUCAGCUUCGAUGCACGAAUGCGUCAGCAGAUACUAAGAAAAAGGCAGGAGAUUGGAGACAAGCCAACUAAGAAAGACUUGCGCAAUGCAGAGCGUACGGAUUCUCAGAAGCGUGCUACAUCUCCACCUGCAUCUAGGUCCAGAGUUGAUGAACAUGAUGAAAAGUCAAAAGCAGAUAAGUUGUCAAUUAAGAAAAAAGGAGUAGGCUCUGAAGCUAGGGCUGAGCGCUUGGAUAAUGCAGAUGCAGAUUUACAGUUGCUUGGAGAAGCAGAACGAUCGAGACAGCUGCACAAGCAGAAAAAACGCAGGCGUCAAGGACAUGAAGAAGAUGUCCUAGCCAAACUCGAGAACUUUAAGUCUGCUUUCUCAACCAAAUUCAAAGGAUCGAAUGGUGAUGAUACUGGUGCCAAGGAUGAAGAUGUGUCUGGAUGGAUGGGGGUUGAGCUAAAGUUUGCUCCUGAGCCUGGCAAGAAUAAUAUGUCGCGGAGCAACGAUCCCAAUGAUUAUGUAGUACAUGACCCUCUUCUGGAGAAAGGGAAAGAGAAAUUUAACAAAAUGCUGGCAAAGGAAAAGCGAAAACAAAGAGAAUGGGCGGGGAAGUCUCUUACUUGAACUUGCUUGGCACUGCCUGAUUUACCUCCAAAUCUGAAUCGGCCAGUUAUUUCGUAUUUAUGCUCAAAGGUCAAGCUGCAGUGUUGAACAGCCCAGCAUACACUUUGUAAAUGUAUACGCCAUAUCCAUUCAAGCGUAGACCCGAGGAAUACAUCAUCUGACCUUGUGUACAAUGUUGUUUUGGCAAACGGUCUUUAACCAUUUCUCCUCAAACUAGGUUUCACAUCACCUCCACAUUCCAGUCACGGCGCCUGCGGAAAAGCUUUCACAGCAUGAAGGCGACUGAGCUAUCAAGGGUGUAUGUUCCAGAUUCAGUUGUUGACAAAACUAUUUUUUCUGUGUUGUGAUGCUGUCAUUGUAUUAUUCUGUGUUGGUAUCUUGCAAAUGUUUCGGAACAAAUGUCCUAUUAUAAAAUAUGGGCUUUUUUUGUCUUUUCGUUUUA